AUGUCAAGGAGAUCUAGAUUGAAAGGAAAAGAGAUUCUUGAAACUGAGUCUUUGUCUAGGCAGCAUUCUGUAGGUGAAGAUUCCCUCAGCGAGGGCGAGAAUACUCUAGAAAAGGGCGUUAAAAGGAUUAAGCUUGACGAAAGGAUAAGUCAAGAAAUUUCUGUUGCCUCUUCUUCGAGGCGUAGUUCUAACACUGAGAAACAUGCAAAACAAAAGGCAUAUGACGAGUUCCAAAUUGGCUCUAUUGUUCGAGUGUGUCUAAAGAAUUUCGUCACGUACGAUUCUGUAGAGUUUUUUCCGGGACCUAAUCUUAAUAUGAUCAUUGGCCCUAAUGGAACUGGAAAAAGUACAAUCGUGUGCGCGAUUGCUCUAGGCCUUGGAUGGAAUACAUCAGUAAAUCUUAAACUUCUGGGACGUGCAAAAGAGAUUUCAGAUUUUGUUAAACAUGGUCAAGAGCGCGCAUCAAUAGAAAUUGAAUUAAAGAGUAAAGGUAGAAAUGUUGUAAUUACGCGAAUGAUUCGAAAGUCUAAUAAUAUGUCUCAAUGGAAACUAAAUGGACAACCUGCAACUCAUCGUGAAGUUUCUAAUAAAGUAAAUUCGCUUAAUAUUCAAGUUGACAAUCUUUGGCAAAUGACACCACCGGAGUUACUUGUGCAAACUCAGAAGGCAGUUGGUGAAAAAGAGUUAAUUGAAUGGCACGAUACUCUUGUUCAGUUAAGAGAAGAAAAAAAAUCUCUCACAACAUCAACAAGGACUGAUAGUGAGCAGAUCGAAAAUCUCGAAAAGAGAAAUUCAGUUCUGGAAAAAGAUGUAACACGCUUCAGAGAAAGGGAAGCUAUAUUAAAACGGAUUCGAUUAUAUGAACUGCGUAUCCCUUUCGCCCGUUACGGUGUUGCAAAACAUAUGUAUGAUGUAGCAAAGCAGAAACGUGCGGAAGCACACUUAGAAUACCAAAAUCUUGCUAAAGAGAAUGAACCUGCGGAUGCUAGAAAAGGUGAGCUCGAAGAAUUAGCAUCACGAGCUGCUAAAGAGAAAAAAAGAUGCACUGAAAUGUAUAACACAAAAAAACGAAAAAUGGAGGAAACUGCAAAUAAAUUAGAGCAAUCGGAAGCAGCAAGUGAAAAUAUUCGAAAGGAUUUAGCAGAUCUCAAAAAAAAAGAAAGAACAAGAAAAAAUCGUAUUGCUCAACUUCGUAAUGAAAUCGCCGAAUUGGAAGAAAGAACUAGUUCUCCACCUUUAAGAAGUGAUGACUCUGAUAUUCGGCUAAAAAUGGAUGAUGUCGCACGUCGUUCAAGAGAAUUACAAUCGCAGCUGAACGAUAAUAAGUUUAACCAAGACGAAAUUAAUUUAGCGGCCAGUAAUGUUGAUCGUGAGAUACAAAUAAUAAAGCAACAACUUAAAGAGCUUGAUGACGUAAAAAGACGUCGCCUCGAAAGCAUUCGUCGCGUUGACUAUGAUACUUUUCGAGCUUAUGAAUGGUUGCAACAAAACCAGGAUAAAUUGUGUGGACGCGUUUUUGGGCCAGUUUGUAUGGAGAUAAAUAUUAAAGAUAUGCAAUAUGCUGACGCAAUAGAGAACGCGCUAGGAAAUGUUAAUAAGAUAUUCGUAUGUGAAAUGGAACAAGAUUACCACACAAUUACAAGAGAACUUUGCGAUAAUCGCCGCAUGAAAAUAAAUGUUUUUUUCCCCAGAGCAACAAUGGAUUCAUUUCCACCACCCAUACCACACCAACAGCUUAGAUCUUAUGGCUUUGUAAGUUACCUUUUGGAUUUAAUAGAAGCACCGCCGCGACUGCAAGCAGCACUUUGCGAUAUGUCUAAAUUGCAUGCAAUUGUGAGUAUGCCAUUGGCGAGGAAUGAGUCGGAUAUCAAUCAUGAUAUUAUUAAGGGCAAUAGAGCCUUUUUUAAAUAUUAUGCCGGAGAAACGUCUUAUUCGGUUUCGUUUUCGAAAUAUGGUCAAAAGUUUUCGCAAGUCCUCACUAAUAGAAUAAGGCCAUCAAAGUUCUUCACUGCUACGAUGAACAUCGAAGAAAAACAUGAACUUGAAAAACAACUCCAAGAAUGCCAGAUAAAGUUAAAUCAAUUUGAUCAAUCUCUCACUGGCCUAAGGAAAGAGUAUGGGAAUCUUAACAAGUCCAUUGAUUUGUUGUACGGUGAACGGAAUACAAUCAACGAAGAAAAACGCAAAAAUCAACUCGCUUUAAAAGAAUUUGAAAGGUUGAAAGUUAGACUUGGUACAAAAAGAGACCAAUUGCAACGUGAACUCGAACAACCCGCUUCAAUGAUGGACGAAGAAAAUGCAUUGAGAAGAGACUUCAGUAAAAUUGCGAAAAAGCGAGGACAACUUGUUAUACAAAUUAAAAAAAUUAUGGAGGAAUGCAUGCAGCUAUUUUCAGAGAGAAUUUUGGCAACAUUAAAGCAUAUGCAAGCUUCAUCAGAUCUUAAUGCUUUAGAAAGACAAACUCAAGACAGAGAUGAAGCAUUAAAACAGGCGCAUAUAAAGUUUUCAGAAGCUGAUGUAAGAUUUAAUAGUGCUAAAUCAGAAGCAAGGCGUUUACUUAACGAGGCGAAUGCUGGAAUUGAAGGUAUUGAUUCAGAAACUAGUCGCGCAUUACAAGAGCUUAGCCAGGGAAUGACACUUGAAGAACUUGAAGAUGCGGUUGCGAGUGAACGUGCUAAAGCUGAUUUACACUAUGCAAUUGAUUCACGUGUUAUUGAAACAUAUGAAACAAGGAAAGCUGAGAUCGAUUCGAUCAAGUCUAGAUUGUCAAUUAAAACAUCUCGAUUGGCGAAAUUGACUAGUGACUUAGCAACUUUGAGGGAAAAAUGGGAGCCACGAUUGAAUUCUCUAGUUAAAGAAAUUAGUCAAGGAUUUUCCAAUGCGUUUGACCGCAAGUGUAUUGGAUGCGCUGGCGAGGUUCGUGUCAGUACCCACGAAGAUUAUGACAAAUGGGCUGGUUCUAAUGAAUCUAUAAACAGAGAUAAUGAAAGACUUCAGGCAUUAACAGGUCAAAGGCAAUCAGGCGGUGAACGAUCUGUUUCAACAAUAAUGUACUUAAUGGCACUACAAGAGCUGUCUAAAACUCCAUUUAGAGUUGUUGAUGAAAUAAAUCAAGGAAUGGAUCCUCGUAAUGAGCGAUUGGUACAUAGUCAAAUGGUUCAAACUGCUUGUCGCCCUAAUACAUCGCAAUAUUUUUUAAUCACGCCAAAACUUUUACCAGACCUUGAGUAUCAUGAGAGGAUGAAAAUUCUAUGUAUAUAUAAUGGAGAGUGGCAGCCUGAGACUAUGAAUUGGAAGAAUGAAAAAAACGAUAAGGGAAGGAACAUUUUAUGUCAAGUUGCUGGAAUAACAUUUGUAAUCCAGUACAAGAACUGGACAGGAAAUAAUAGAAUAAGUGACUCAAAACAAUAUGAAGGUGCCGCUAUUGGCAUUAUAGUUGCACCUUCAACGAGUGCAUUCAUGCCCAGUACAGUAGAAGCGGCCGAAACAGCCAAUAAAUUAAUCCUCUUUUCGACCAUAAACAAACUACGUUUUUAUAUUUCUCACGCAACUGUUAAUAGUCAAAAUGGUGUUUUUACUUAUUUUCAACUAUUAUGA